GUCCUCCUACCGUCCUGGCUUGCAGCAAUAACGCAUGUCUCUGCAACAGACCAAUUGAAGCUACAGUCCAGAAAAUUACUAUAUAUUUCGGUCACACUUAGCGGUGAGCAUCCGAGUCACAGGUACUGUCAGGAGCCCGCCAAGGUUCCUCGAGCCAAUCUGAACUAUGACACGCCCCCCUCCCCCACAACCGAGAAACAUGUCCCAGGACUAUCAAAACCUGUAGGUGGGGAUUCUUGCGCAGCGAGGUUUGCGCAAUUAUACAGCCUCGAGCUGGACCAGGCGGCCACCCGGGAGCUACUAGUACUACCCCUUAGCACAGCCGGCCAAGCUGCAUGGUUCGGGCAGCGUGACCCAUCUGCUCGGUCUCCUGAGUAUCACGGAGUGAUGCCGUUCAAGAUAUAUAUUCGACAGCAUGGUUGGCACUUUGGCCCGCGUCCUUGACCUGACGUCCUCAGCUUGACAUGCGUAUUGAAGAAGGGUUCCAGCCGACUCCAUAUACGGAGGGACAUCCGUACCACACCGAUCCUGUCCUUCCCGGUCUUCUGAAGCGUGUCCUGCCAUCAGAUGUCUUCGCUGAGAUUGAAGCAGAUUUGGGUCGCUUCGGCGAUGAAGUAAUCAACACUUUGCGACCCGUGAACAAGCUCAUGGGUCCGCCCAAGCUUGUACAAUACGACAACUGGGGCCGUCGAGUGGACCAACUGCAGACAACGGAAGGCUGGCGCCGUAUGAAGGCGCUGUGGCAGAAGGAAGGCAUCGUAGGGAUAUUCUACGAGCGCAAGCACCUGGAACACAGUCGGAUUCAUGGCUUCGCCAAGAUUUUAUUGGCCAUGGCGGAUGCACAGGCAAUAGAUUGUCCACUGAGCAUGACAGACGGGUCGGCAAGGGUCUGCGAGCUCCUUGGGACACCAGAAUUGAAGCGAGAUGUAUACCCUCGGCUUAUCAGCCGUGACCCCGACAUUGCCUUCACAGCAGGGCAGUGGAUGACAGAGCGACCCGGAGGUUCGGACGUCUCGCUCACAGAGACGACGGCUACUCCCGCUCUAGGAGAAGGAGUGUCAAAUCGCAAUCCGUAUGGCCCAAAGUAUACGCUCAACGGCUUCAAGUGGUUCUCGAGCGCGACUGACAGUGACAUCGCGCUGGCUCUGGGACGUACUGGGCCGUUAUCCGAGGGAUCUCGCUCGCUGUCGUUGUUCCUCGUUCCGCUCCACUUCCCCAUUCUCUGCGAGCCUGGCGCACCAAGGCCUUCAGCGCUCACCAACCGCAUCUUUAUCCACCGACUCAAGGACAAGUUUGGAACAGUGGCCCUCCCGACUGCCGAACUGUCGCUCGAGGGCACUGAGGCGUAUCUCUUGGGCCAGCCUGGCCAGGGCGUGAAGCUUAUUGCGCCAGUCUUGAACAUCACCCGUGUGCACUCCGCUACGUCGUCUGUGGGUAACCUGCGCAGAUGCCUCGCGAUCGCGACGGCAUACUCCAAAGUGAGAGCCAUCAGAGGCGGCAGACAGUUGCUGCAGGACACACCGCUGCAUGUCGCGGAACUUGCGAAGGUAUCUCUCGUGUAUCGCGCUCUCGCACAUAUGCUGUUCGGGACGGUCGCGCUGCUGGGCAAGGUCGAAUGCGGCGUUGCGACGGAAGACGAGGCGAAUCGACUCCGAAUGCUCACGCCUGCUCUGAAAGCUUUCGCUGCAGAGAAGGCGUGUACAGCGAUGGAGGAGUGCAUGACGGCGCUUGGAGGCGCGGGGUACAUGACGGAGACUGAGAUUGGGCGGAUGAUCCAAGACUCGCUGGUCGAGAAGAUAUGGGAGGGUACCAUCACAGUGCUUUCACUAGAUGUCGUCCGAGCCGCGUCAACACCAGUGAUACUGGAUGCGUUCGUUGCGUGGGUGAAUAGCGUACUGGCGUCGUGCACUCUGGAUCCCAAGGUCGACAAAGCUUUGCAGACGUCGCUUGACAUGCUGCGAUCCGCUCUGGACGACUUGGUCGCCGCGUACGCCGCACCCAUCCCACCUCUCGUGCCUCGCCCGGCGUUGUUCCUCUUGUCACAUAUCGCAUGUGGCGCGUUCUUGCUGGAGCACGCAGUGUGGGCUUGCAAGACGCAUGACGCGUCUCGAGCGGUCGAUGCGGAUGUGUUCAAGAGGUGGGUCGAAGAGGGCGGCUUGACACAGGUGAUCCAGGAUGUACGAAGGGCCAGACAAGCCUCGCAUGGGCGCCUGCAGGAGGACCGGGAUCUUGUAUAUGGCAAUGCAGAUGGGGCUAAGUUGCCCUCUCGACUGUAACUCUCAUCACUGUUACCUGUACUAUAUAGGAAUACCGACGUACUCGAGAGGACUGGCAUGAUGCUCUUCAAAUACCGGUGCAUAACAGCAUACUAGCCCGCGUCCAGUUCUUUCACUGGUCCCAAUUAGCACAACUUGCUAGUGAUACAUGGAAUGGAUCGGGACAUCACUAUCAAUACAGAGCCGGCGCAAGCUACAAUGAGAGGUAUGAGAUCUCUCAUGAUCCGUUGUACGGGACAAUAUGGCAUC